ACUUGUAAUACUGGAAAGUGAGAGGUUUGUAACUUGUCUUUUGAUUACGAAGAUGUUAUUCAGCAAAUGGAAAUGCAUGGCAUGCUGGCUGUAUAUAUGUACUAUGAAUGACAACACGUUGGCACAAGAAUGCCAGGAACCGUUGGGCAUGGAAUCAUUUGGAAUACCAGACGAACAUAUCACGGCCUCAAGUUUUAUAAAUAGGGCUCCACCGUUUCGAGCACGGUUAAAUACCCCCCCUAGUGAAGACGGCUAUAACAACGUUUGGAGACCCCACACAGAUACUCUAGGGCAAUGGAUUCAAGUAUUCUUAAACGGGGUAAAGAUGGUUUCUGGAGUUAUAACAAAGGGAAAAAACAAAGACGGUACUGCUCGGUAUGUUUCACAGUUUAAGAUCCAGCUAAGUACGGAUGGCCUAGUCUGGCAAACCAUUGUUGACACGAACGGCAAUGAAAAAUGCUCACUACAAGUUGUCUAA